ACUCCGGUCGGGUCUGAAACUAGUCGGGCAAUCAUGAGGAAAUCGUUGCACCUUUAAAUAGUACCUCAUGGUACAAGUGGUACCUCUAAAACUCUCUUCUUCUGUCUAAUAUGCUACUUAAACAAAAAACUCAUUUACUGUUUCUUUUGUUUCAGAUGUUUCUCCAGCCAGUAUGUUACAGUGAAUUGUUAAAAAUUUGUUGAUAAUUAUAAUAAUCUGUUAGAAGGCGUGUUGUUUGGUGAUGUGAAGUGAUGAGCUGAUGUGACUGAUCACCAUGCUGCCGGCGCUGUGUCGGUUGCUGGUCACCGCGGCGGCGCUCGGCGCCACGCUACUCGCUAUGGCAGCUAAAAAUGUGCCGAUGACGCAAGUGGUGGCGGUGGCUGGCGAGCCGGUGUACCUGCCGUGCGACAUCGCCACGCAAGACGAGGAGGACGCCGUGCUGCUCGUGCUGUGGUACCGGGAGGACCUCGGCACUCCCAUAUACAGUGUGGACGCCAGGGAACGAGACUUCGGCGUCGCAGAGCGGUGGUCAGACGAGAGCGUGUUCGCGUCGCGCGCCUACUUCCUCCCGGAGCGAAGACCAGCAGAGCUUGGAGUGGACCGGGUGAAGGCAUCCGACCAGGGCGUCUACAGGUGCCGGGUAGACUUCAAGCAAGCUCAAACUAGAAAUUCAAGAGUCAAUUUGACUGUUAUUGUGCCGCCCAGUAAGAUGGUGAUCACAGAUGAUAAGGGCGACGUGAAGCAAGCCAUCGUCGGGCCCUACAUCGAAGGUGACACCUUCACGCUCAAGUGUGACGUUAGUGGGGGUCGUCCCAGGCCCUGGGUGAAGUGGUUUCGGGACGAGGUGGAGACAGACACACCAGCUACCCCACUCUCCGGAAAUGGGGUCCGAGGGGUCCUCCACAUAGGACCCCUGACGAGGCUCGACGUGAGGGCCGCGUUCACAUGCAGAGCUUCGAAUCAUCCGCGAGCACAUCCCAUUGAAACUACUCUUACUUUGGAUAUGAACUUUCCACCUCUAACAGUCCACAUCUUGGGAUCAAACCAGCCGUUAUCGGCAAGCAGAAGGUACGAUCUGCUGUGCCAGAGCUCAGGGUCAAGACCGCCAGCGUCGAUAACCUGGUGGAAGAAUGGACAUAGGAUAAAUAAUGCGAAGGAAACGCUAUCAACGGAUGGGAACACAACCACAUCAACAGUUUCCUUACAAUUGACGAAGUCUGACGCAGGAGCGAAGCUGGCCUGCAGAGCUUCCAACCCUCAAAUGGCAUUAGUACCAGCCUUAGAAGACGAUUGGACCCUGGAUAUACAGUAUGUUCCUGAGACAACAGUUCGGUUAGGGACUAACCUGGACCCGUCAAAUAUUCGGGAAGGCACCGACGUGUAUUUCGACUGCAUCAUCAAAGCCCACCCAUAUGUUUAUAAAGUCGAAUGGAGACAUAAUGGUAAAACUCUCCUCCACAACGUUGGACAAGGCGUGAUCAUCAGCAACCAGUCGCUAGUGCUGCAGGGGGUCGGCAGAAGAACAGCUGGCAACUACACCUGUGUCGGCUUCAACGCUGAGGGCGACGGCGAGAGCAAACCAUUCUCCUUGAAUGUUCUGUAUGCACCAACUUGCAGAAGUUCCCAGCAGAGGGUACAUGGUGUUGCCAAACAGGAACGAGCUCAUAUCACCUGCCACGUGGACGCCAACCCUCCUGAAGUAGUGUUCCGAUGGACCUUCAACAACACAGCGAACAGCAAUGAGGUCAGCGAUACCUACGUCUCUAGGGCUGGUACCAGUUCCACCGUCACCUACACUCCUCACACCGAGAUGGACUAUGGAACAUUACUCUGCUGGGCUCAUAACAGGAUAGGCAAGCAACGGGUGCCUUGUGUCUACCAUAUCAUUGCUGCUGGUCGUCCUGAUCAAGUCCACAACUGCACCGUAGUUAACGCAUCGCUCACUUCGUUCGGGGUUCGAUGUUCUGAAGGUUUCAACGGAGGCAUGCCACAGUCUUUUCUUCUGGAAGUCCGAGAAAUUGUUACGCAGGAAAUUGUAGCCAAUGUUUCAAGUGCAGUACCACGGUUUACUGCCGUGGGCCUUGCACCAGGAAGAACAUACGCUGCAGCCGUCCUGGCGUAUAACGCUAAAGGCAGAGGAGAUCCUUAUCCGUUGAGAGCCAGCACCUUGAGACCUCCGGAGAAACACCAUGUUCAUGAUAAAAGUUUAGAUCUACCACGAACAGCCUUCCAAAUCUCGGGAGCAAUGUCAGUAGCCGUUGGUGGUGGCAUCAUUCUUAUGGUCGUGCUCAUUCUCUUUAUGAUUGCUAUGAGACAACGCUGCGCUAAGAGGAAACCUCGGUCGGCCCCACCACCGUCGUCACAACCAGCUAGUCCAGAUAAACUGAGAGAGAAAGAAGACAGCGAAAGUGAUGAUAGGAAUCCUGAUAUUAUUCCGUCAGAUACUGAUCAAAUGCAGAUGGAUUACUACCGGCAACAGCAAGUGUCGACCAUAUCCCCCCCACUGGGCAGUAGGAACUCGCGCGGGAGUGUGGCCGGCGUGCGCGGGGGAUUGCCCGCGUACUGCCCGCUGAGGACCGCGCCUCCACCUGCGCAUGCGCCAAUGCAUGAACCCACUCAGAUCGAAGAAGGAUAUUCUUAUGGUGUUCUGUUCGUCCAGAACGCGUCGUCAGGCAUACCGCCGCCCGCGCGGUUCGCAUCAGGCUCGUGCACGCUGCCUCGCGGCAGCUCAUUGGCUGGCGGCACAACGCUGGCCGGUAGCGGGGCUGUGAUUGGCGAAGCGCGGUGUGGUAUUCCACUGCAGCAUUUGCGCACGUUGCCGCGGCCAGGUGCGCCCGCGCCCGCACCCCGCCUCCCUCCCCGCGAUACCCCGCUCUGACAGACUACACAACUAUAGGACAUGUAAAUAGGACAGUGUUAUUAAAGUGCUCAAAACUUUUUUUAAAUCGAGUGAUUAGUGUUUUGUUUUAAUAUCAAGUACUUGCUGUAUGUGUCAGUGUUUUUGAAACUUACUCCUAUGAUAAUAUCAAUUUCUUUUUGUGUAACUGAACAUAGAAUUUAGGAACAUAUUAUAGAGCAAUAAGAACCCUUUUUACUUUUUGUAAAUGCGAUGUUUGUUGUUCUUUAAAGAGUAUUACACUGCAGAGUGAAAAAAAAAACACAGUGCACUAUUUAUUUUUACGUCGAUGGUAUUUUGAUUGGCCAUUCGUCAGGAAACAAUAAUCUCGAACAAAGCCUAAUUACUGCUUAACUGUAGGUUUCGAAUUUUAAAACAUAGGUAUGUUAGAUUUACCUUUACGUUAUGUUAUUGUUUCUAAUCCCUCCAGAAAGUAGUAAAAUUUACCAAUUGUAUUGUUAUUAAGUUCUUAGUAAAUUAUAUGUAGUAAAAUAUUCAUCAUGUUACGGAAAUUAUACUUUAAAGAAAAGUGAUAUUUCAUGAAAAUCUGGCAAAAUAAGUUGCACCAUUUAAUGAAAAAAUUUAUGUUGUGGCAUAAACUCAUGUAAGCAUGUACUUGAUAUUAACGUUAGUCGAAUUCUGAUUAGGUAGGAUAAAAUAAUUGAAAAUUCUGUUAAAAUUUGUUUGUAAAUCAAAAUGUAAAUAUAACGCAUAUAAACUCUAGUUAUAAAUUAAAAAAAAAAAACGAUAUUUAUACUCGAAAAAUGUUAAACAGUGUAACAUUGGAUUGUCGUUACGUUUAUUUUUCCGUUUAUAAAUGGUUGUGAGAAUAAACAAUCCAACCUCCGUGGACUAUUAACAUUUUUACAAACGUCAACACUAUUUGACCUUUCAAUGUAUUGAAGUGACAUGUGACGUGACUUGUCAAAAAUAUGUCAUUGCCAUACAUGGGCCAUACUUGUAAAAAUGUAAUCUGUCGACGCAGGCAUGUUUAUAAACUAAUUGUAUGAAUAUCAAUAUACCAUUAAAAUUUGGAAUUUGAAAUGUGUUGAGGAUUGGACUAAUAUUUCCUACAGUAUAGUUAGAAACUGAUAAUCUAGUUAUUAAUUAUCACUACUGUGAUUUUAAACCGUUAUUCAUAAAAAGCGUUUGGCGAAAAUAA